AUGGCCACCAGCCCACACAGCGCCCGCAUGGCAGCAGCAGUCGUCGCCUCGAUCGGCGUAGCAGGUGCAGGAUUGUACGGUACGGGAAAGUCGGCAAAGUCGGAGACGAAGAACCAGACGGCACAUGGGGGACCCGAGGAAUCUGAUCCUAAUGCGAUGACCUCGGGUCAGGUUGUCAGCGCGCUUCACCAGAAACCGAUGAUUCCAGGGAAGACGGCGACGCAGGACAAAGAAUAG